ACGCAGCAGCAGUUGCCACCGCACCACAACCGAUUACGAUUUUCGGGAUACUAUUGUAUUAUUUAAUAACUAUUAUUAUUCAGAUAUCGAUUUGGUAAGCCGAAAAGCCGACGAACCCACUGCCGAGCCCCACUACGACACUUUUGCGGCCCGAUCUCAGCCGACUAACAACUGCUCCCGUGGACCAUGCAGACCAAACGUUUUCAGGCAGUACCGCGUGCUGCAAUCCUACACGUGUGACGCCGUCCGCACAUGACAGUCGUACGCCGUCAACCAUAUACGCGAUACCUGUCGUCAGCAGUUGCCCUUCGGUUGUGCUGCAAUAAGAAUAUUAUCAUAUAGAACAACGCUAACCGUAAACCACCACCACCCGCCCACACGAAGCCGCCGAAUCUCGCGAACAAGUUUAGGCAGUAUGACUGAUACAAUAAAAGAUCUUUGGCGCGAUGCAGAUGCAGUUUGUUUUGACGUGGAUUCUACAGUUAUUCAAGAGGAAGCAAUUGACGAGGUUGCUAAAUUUUGCAAUAAAGGAUCGGAAGUUCAAAAAUUAACAAGCAGUGCAAUGUCAGGUAAGAUGGACUUUAGAGAAGCACUCUCGGCUCGACUUCAAAUAAUCAAACCAUCUUUGCAACAAAUUCGAAAUUUCAUCAAAGACCGUCCGUUCAAUUUGACUCCAGGCAUUAAGGAACUUGUCGGAUUAUUGCAACAGAAGAAAAUUCCCGUGUACUUGAUAUCUGGCGGGUUCCGUGGCCUCAUUGGACCAAUAGCUAUUGAACUAAGCAUUCCACUACAACACAUCCAUGCCAAUAAAUUAAAGUUCUUUUUAAACGGAGACUAUGCAGGAUUUGACGAAAAAGAACCUACGUCAAAGAAUGGUGGCAAAGCUGAAGUAAUACAAAUGUUAAAAGAAAAAUACGGUUAUACAAAAUUAUUUAUGAUUGGAGAUGGAAUUACUGAUUUAGAAGCAUCUCCACCGGCUGACGCAUUCAUUGGGUUUGGCGGUAAUGUUGUUCGAGAAGAAGUAAAAUCGAAGUCAAAAUGGUACGUUGAAAGUUUUCAAGAACUUAUCGAUACUUUGCAGUGAUUUAUCAAAAGACUUCACAAUUUGUUAUGAUAAUUGUAACUGUUAAGUAUUGUGUUUAAAUAAGUAAUAGCUAUGCAAUAACUAUAUACUGCAGCAGCUGUACUCACUAGAGGUACUUAUUAAUGUUCUUCUUAUAACUUAAGGAUAACAAACACAACAGUUAUACUUAAUUAUUACACAUUUUUAUUUUAUUUUACAUAUGAAUCUUAUGUAA